AUGAGCCGCCCGCGCUUCUUCAACGCUCCCCGCAAGGGCGAGAACUUUGAGCUGCGCGCCGACCUCAACUCGGAAUACAGGGAUCGCAGAAAGGACGCCAUCAAGCGCGUCAUCGCCAACAUGACCGUCGGCAAGGACGUCAGCGGCCUCUUUCCAGACGUGCUCAAAAACAUGCAGACCGAAGACCUCGAACAGAAGAAGCUCGUCUACCUCUACCUCAUGAACUACGCCAAGACGCAGCCCGAGCUCGUCAUCCUCGCCGUCAACACGUUCGUCAAGGACUCCGAAGACCCCAACCCGCUCAUCCGUGCGCUCGCCAUCCGCACCAUGGGCUGCCUCCGUGCCGAAAAGAUCAUCGACUACCUCUCCGACCCGCUCGAAAAGUCGCUGCGCGACGACAACCCGUACGUGCGCAAGACCGCCGCCAUCUGCGUCGCCAAGCUGUACGACCUCAAGCCCGAUCUCGCCGUCGACCGCGGCUUUGUCGGCAUGCUCAAGGACAUGGUCGGCGACAGCAACCCUAUGGUCGUCGCCAACGCCGUCACCGCACUCACCGACAUUCACCAGACGGCUCUUGAACGCGACCCCACCGGCCAGUCGGCCGUGUUUGUGAUCGACCCGGACGUGCUCACCAAGCUGCUCAUCGCGCUCAACGAGUGCACCGAGUGGGGCCGCAUCGCCAUCCUCAACUCGCUCGCCCGCUACCGCGCCCGCGACGAGAAGCAGGCGGAACACAUCUGCGAGCGUGUCAUGCCCCAGUUCCAACACGCCAACGGAAGCGUCGUGCUCGGCGCCGUCAAAGUCGUCCUCAUCCACAUGGCCAAGGUGCGCUCCAACGAUGAGCUCAUCAAGCAGCUCGUCCGUAAGAUGGCGCCACCCCUCGUCACGCUCAUCUCGUCCGCACCCGAAGUGCAGUGGGUCGCACUGCGCAACAUCAACCUCGUGCUGCAGAAGCGUCCCGACAUCCUCCAGAACGAACUGCGCGUCUUCUUUUGCAAGUACAACGACCCUUCGUACGUCAAGCUCGAAAAGGUCGAGAUCAUGAUCAAGCUCGCCAACGAGCGCAACGUCGACAUGCUCCUCUCGGAGCUCAAGGAGUACGCCUCCGAGGUGGACGUCGACUUUGUGCGUCGAGCCAUCCGUGCCAUCGGCCAGUGUGCCAUCAAGAUCGACGCAGCCGCCGAACGAUGCGUGCACGUGCUGCUCGACCUCAUCGCCACCAAGGUGAGCUACGUCGUGCAGGAGGCGGUGGUGGUCAUCAAGGACAUCUUCCGCAAGUACCCGCACAACUACGAGGGCAUCAUCCCCACGCUCUGCGCCAACCUCGAGGAGCUCGACGAGCCCGAGGCCAAGGCAUCGCUCAUCUGGAUCCUGGGCGAGUAUGCGGACAAGAUCUCGAAUGCCGAGGAGCUGCUCGCUCACUUCCUCGACUCGUUCACCGAUGAGCCAUACCAGGUGCAGUUCCAGACGCUCACCGCCAUCGUCAAGGCCUUCCUCAAGAAGCCCGACAGCGGCGUGGCGCAGCAGAUCGUGCAGCAGGUGCUCGAGAAGGCGACCAAGGAGUGCGACUCGCCCGACCUGCGCGACCGCGCCUUCAUCUACUGGCGGCUGCUCUCGUCGUCCGACUCGGCCGCCGGACGCAACGUCGUGCUGGCCGAGCGUCCGCCCAUCUCGAUCCCGCUCACGACGGUGCCGCCAGGCGUGCUGGACGAGCUCGUGGCCGAGCUGUCGAGUCUGGCAAGCGCAUACCACAAACCCGCAGCGACGUUCAUCGGCAAGGUGCGCUUCGGCGCCGACGGCGUGCGCAGUCUGGGCGCCGAGGCGGGCGAGGACGAGAUCACGCGCGAAAAGGCGCUCGCCACCGUCGUGCAGGGCCAGAAGUCCGAGAACCUGCUCGACUUUGGCGACGACGAUGUGGAGGCGGCGCCCGCUGCGGGGUCGGCGAGCAAUGGCGGCGGCGCGCUGGGCGCGCUGGCAGGGCUGGAUGGUCUGAUGAUGGGUGCAUCCAUCUCGUCGCCCACGGCGCAGGCGGCAGGCGGUGCAAAGCCAGCACCGGCGGCGGGAGGUGGGCUGAAUGAUCUGCUCGGGCUGUUUGAUGCCGCGCCGGGAGCCGACGAGCCAGGCGCACAGAGCGGCAUGCAGGCGCUCAAUGCGCUCUCCCAACCCAUGGCGUCUACGAGCCCAGUGCCCAACACCACCGCAAGCCCCAAGCCCGCACAGCCAGCACAGUCGUCCCAACAGGAUGACCUGCUUGGCCUGUUUUGA